AUGGUAGAUUUGACCACUGGAAUGAAAGGCGUGGCCCCUGUCCAGUCGGACAUUCGUUUGUCGCACCGAUGGAUACAGGCCUGGCUUGGCGAAUUCAAUAUGUCCACAGAAUGCUCCGAGCCAAUUGAAAUUAUCACGGACGCAGAAGAAGCUGUUUCAAGUUUCAUGAAAGGUGCCAUCAACCACAGGCCAGCUUCAUUUGUCAAAGCGCCGCCGCAAGGUCACCAGACCAUUGGUGGAGCAGAGGCUGGAGUCCGAGCCAUUAAAGAUGCGUUCAACACUCUUCGGCAAGACUUGCGUGAGAAUGGCUGUGAUGUUUGCGUCAGGAAUCAGACAGCUGUGAAUGUGCCAGCUAGCUUGAAGAAAGAUUGCAUUUCCCGAUUUGAGAAGGCAACGUAUUUGCGACCUGAGUUCAACUCAUUGGGGGAUGUCGUUUGUACUGUCAUUGGAGGGCAAGAACGUUUCUUUGUUUGCAAGAGCUUUAAGAUUGUUUCCCCAUUGGAGUGGGACGUCUCCUUGUCUCCAUCUGUUUUGCAUUUUUUCGACCGGAUGCAGCCUGAUGUUCCCAUUGAAGAUCUCUCCGCAAAGAUGUCUGAACCUCUGCCCUCUAGGAUUAUCGAGCCUGUGGAAUAUUCAAACGUCAAGAAUGGUCCUGUUUUGGCAGCCGAUGGCAGCCAGGUGCGACGUUUGAGUGGCAAGCAGAAGCCACCGCCAGGCCUGGGUGAAGCUGAUGAACCCAUCCAGCAGAGGUUUCCAGACUUUCCAGCAAACAGAGAGAAACGAGUUUCGUUUGAUCUUCCAAAGAAUCAACCCAUACCAGAAAGUCUCCCAGUUGAAGGGGGUCAACAUCUCGAUGAGAAUCCACAUGAUGUUCCAUAUUCGCCCAGCCUUGCACCCAGUUCUCCAAAGGCAUUGGACGAGCCAGAAAUCAUCCAUGACAUGGAAGUAGACGACUCUGCUGACGGAAUGGUAGACCUAAGUGAAUUUGCAGCUGCUGGAGGCGAACCUACAGCCACGGAAGCUAUGGAGUUAGAUUUGGUAACAGCCUUGGAUAACUUUGAGCUUUCGUAUUUAGAAGAGCGUCACAUUGGCAUGUUGCAAUCGGUUUAUCAGAUCCGCGGAGUGAAACCCAAGAGCAGCAAGGCAAACCUUUGUGGGGAAGAAAUUUUACUUUUGUUUCCUGGAUAUGUCAUCAGUGACGCCAAUGGCCAAUAUCUCGACAAAGACCUUGCGUAUGCAGGGAUGCGCACUGAAAUCGAUUCCAUGACCAGUCAGAAGGUUGGCAGACCAAUCCAUGAGCAGGAAGCCCAGCGUCUUGCCAAGCAAUGGCAGAUUAGUAUAAUCACUUGCCGAUGGGUUUGUGUUGAGAAAGAUCCCUUGAAUGUUCGCAUGCGACUAGUUGCACGGGAAAUGGCAAAAGGGAAGAGUUCUGCCCGUGACCUCAUGGUUUCUUCGCUACUUCCAGCAUUGAAUCUUUGA